AUGCCUAAAGGCGGUGAUUUGCAUCAUCACUAUUCAGGCUCUAUAUAUGCUGAAACGUAUUUAAACUGGGUUGGCACACAUAACUAUUGUGUCUACCGUGAAGAUAAUGCAGCAUUAAAUAUCCAAAAGUACAGGAUAGAAAGUAAAGUAUCCGAGCUAUCAAGCGCAGCUAAGGCUCUGUGCAUAACUGCUGAUGCUAUACGUUCAGAUAACGGCUUCUAUCGUGAACUUUUGAAACGAUGGUCUGAUAUUGAUUACUUCAACCAUUAUCAUGAACAACCACCGCCAGAUCAACAAUUUUUCGAUACUUUUGGUUAUUUUGACCCAGUCGCUGAUAGUAACUAUAAUGAAGGUUUUUUGUGGUUAAAAAAUACUGCCAUAAGUGAAAAUGUACAGUAUAUAGAAACAAUACUGAAAAAUGGUCCAAAUCUCGUAGUGGCAGAUGAAUUGAACGUCAUGUUAGAUGCUUUGACUUCGAAAUCGGCCGACUACGAAAUAGACAGGGCACUAACAGCCUAUUUCAAUGCUGUUGUAAAUGAUACUCAUGCCAAUUUAACAAUCAAUAAUUAUGUGAAAAUGAUCGAGACAUCAGCAGAUGGAAUUAAUGAUGCCAAUUUUACACUACGUUUUCAAACUUAUGUAUUCAGAGGCGAUUCACCUUCCCGUGUAUUUUCCAGUCUAUUCUCUUCUUUUUCAGCAACCAUGCGUAGUGAUCUCAUAGUCGGUGUCAAUAUUGUUGGUGCUGAAAAUGGUAUCGUAUCGAUGCGAGACUAUACACUUCAUAUGAAAAUGUUUCGCUUUCUCAAGCAACGCUUUCCCCUUGUGAAACUUGCUAUGCAUGCAGGGGAGCUGGUGUUGGGUCUCGUGCCCCCAGAAGGUUUGCAAUUUCAUAUCCGUGAAGCGAUAGAAAUUGCUGGAGCAAGUCGCAUUGGACAUGGUAUCGAUAUAUUUUAUGAACAUAAUUCCUAUGAGCUAUUACAAAAGAUGAAGCAGCUCAAUAUAGUAGUGGAAGCGGUUGUAAGUAGCAAUGAAUUUAUACUGGGUAUUAAAAAUGGUGCACAUCCAAUGUUGGUAUACAAAGCACACGGGGUGCCUUUAAUAAUUGCCACGGAUGAUGCGGGUGUAUCACGCUCUACUUUGAGCAAUGAAUACCUGAUGUUUAGCGAUCGUUACAAGCCAAGUUAUGCAGAACUGAAAGAGCUGGUUUACAAUAGUAUUCGGUUUGCUUUUCUGAGCGAUAGCGAGAAACAGCAACAAUUGAACAAACUGGAUGCUCGAUUUCUAGAUUUUGAAGAGAUGAUUGCAAAUGUAGUUAGCACAUUGAGUGAGCCAGGUGUUACAUACUGGGGUUCGUCUUAAGAACAUAAUGUGUCACAGAUGAUUUUAUUUUACUAUUCAUUGUGUCUUUUAAUCGAACUUUUUCAUGAUCAGUCGAAAUAAAAACCUGAAGAUUUAAGAAGCUUUCUGUCAGAGAGAUAUGGUAAAAUAUUCGAAGUUACCAAAAAAUAAACUUUCUUUUAUCACGUUUCACGACUACUUCGAGUGAAGUUUGACCAGUUUUCGUUAACAUAACCAUCGAUUAUUCACUCUUCUGUACUCAAUGACGAAGAUUUUUCUAUACUUCUUAUUUGUAUAUGUCUCUAAAGACCAUUUUUCAAUAACAUUCUUGUAAAGACUCGUAUUUGUUAUCGUAAAUAUCCCAGAUUGUAAAGCACUUCGAUAUGAUACUGAUAAAUAUCAAAUAAUUCGCAAAGCAAAACUGUUUUGAGACUUGUGAGUAAGAACGCAAGCAGGAAUUCAUAAAUGGCAUUCAGCAUGAAAAUGACGAAAAUAUGAGGUUUUUGCAAUUUCUGAUCUGACAUGGCUUUUUGUUGAUUUUUAAAUGCCAUUGUUCGAUAGAACAUAAGAAACUAUACAUGUCGAAAAAAAAACUGAAGUUUCUUCUAGUUGUUUUCAUGAAGAGGGAGGGAACCAAAGAUGAGAAAAUAGCACGAAAAUAACGUAAAGCCGGAGUUUUCGGAUUUCUGACCUCAAAUUACCUCUGUUUCUUUCCUUUUUAAAACCAUAGUUAAAUACAGCAUGAAAAGUUACAUACACAGAAGACACUUAGAAUUGCUUUUAGCUUGUUUCAUGAAGAGACAAGGAUUCAAAGAUGGCACAUACCAAGAAAAAUAAACCAAUUUGCACCCUUUGAUCUCAAAUCAUAAGACAAAAUUAUGGUGCUUUAGCAUUUUUCUGUUCAUUUUCAAUUAGAAUAUGUAGUUUCACAUAUAUAGUGUAAGUUUUUUUUUAUCAAUCCCAGGGAUCAAGUGGUCGAUUACGAAGCUGUAAGGUUAGCUUUCAACUGUAAAGAUCUUCUUGAAAUAUUAAGAUUUUUUAACUAAAAAAACAUUCAUGAGCUUUCUAAUGAUGAUAUUCGUAAUCAGGACACUCUACUCUAUAAAUAAGAAUACAUUGUAUCCGAAUCAGAUUAAAAGAAACUCGGUAUCACGGUGGGAACCACAGGUCCCAAAUUUUUUUUUUCUGUAGUUUGAAAAAGAACCUUUAAAAUGUGAUUAGAGCCCAUACCUAACUUCAUUCCAAUAAAAAAGAAAUCCAUUUCAUUUGGGACAAAAGAAUAGCCAUAUCCGCCCUAGUCCUUUGUGCUACUUCUUAAGUUCCAACAAUUCAUGCAGCUGGUUCAAUUGUUCAGAGAAAUGAUGCAAUAUUCGAACUACUUGUGAUGAUUAUUACAAGAUAUAUGUGACUUUUUUAAAAUCAAAUCAUAUCUGACAAAAAAAAGCAUCGUCUUCGAUUUGGUAACCAAUAAUAUGAUUUUCUGAUACUAUACCUAGGCAGCCAAACUUUAUUAAACAUGAUAAGUCGCAGAAACAUGACGAAUAUAUAUGAUAAUACUAGGUAGUCAAUAUUGGAUUUGUGAGAAAUAGCUGAAAUGAAGUUCUCUCAAAUAGAACAUUCAUACCAUUGAAGAAUCUGUACUGAUUGCAAUUCGACACAGCAAGUCAGAUUUAAAAUGUUACUUCUUUCAUUUGCGUGAUAUACUGAGUCAAAUAUUAUUGUAAAAAGUGACAACUAAUGUUAAAUCAAUGUCAAUAAUUUUCUAAGACUAUUAUUCAUAGGAUGAAAAGAAAAAGAUCAUCAAAAGUUGUCACUAUCAUAAUCGACUCUAAUUUUAUAUGUAAAUCUUUGCUAUUUCCAUUAAAAAAAGUAUCAUAUUACAUUUAUAUUUAUAUUACUAGUGGAAUCUUAUAUUUUCUGAUUUUUUAUUAUUCCUACUUCAUUAAUAAAUCGAAUCAAACAAACGGUCUCUGAUCAUUAUAUUCGAUUUUAUAGCCAAGAUGAUGUUUUUUCGUUGCACAAAUCAUAUAAACAGGAUCGUCAGAAUACUUCUUAUCACUAAUUUGUUUGCUUAUGGCUGAUCAUACCUAUUUAUUCAAAAACUUGCUGAAGUGAAAAAGAGAUUAGCUCUCCGUUUUAGAUCUAGUUUUAUGUUCAAACUUUUCAACUUUUAUUGCAACCGAUUUUAUUUUGGUUCUGUGGGAAAUCUUUUCAAUAAAAAUAAAUGUUUUCUUUUAGAUUUUAUAUUUCAGUUGUUGUGUAUAUAAUAUUUUUUGUUGCAAAAGUGAUGGCUCUGAAUAUGUAUUCGUCAACGAUAUUGGAUAUCUGAAUCAACAAAAAUGAUUAAUAGUGAAAUCAAAUUAUUGACAUUUAUUUUAGAAGAAUUACAUGAAUAUGCUGUAAGUAAACUUAUGAUUAACAAAAUAUUUCGAUUUAAGAAGUAUAUUGAAUUAAUUGCUUUAUUUCUAUUUUUAAGGUCAAUAAUAAUGUAACAUCAUUCAAUUCAUUUUAUUUUUUUUUUCAAAUUGUUAAAUUCAAAUAUUCGUUUAAUCGAAAAAGCAACUAAUCAAUUUGACUAAACUAAAGAACAGUAAAAUAUUGAACAAACAAUCUAUCAAAACUUUUUGUCUAGUAACUUUAAAAACCUUUGUAUAUUAGAUAAGAGAAUAAAUUUUGAUUCCCAUUUGUAAGUAUUUAUAAGUCAAAGUUAUUUAGAAAUUAGUAUAAAAAAGUUUAUACAUUAAUUUUUAGAGCUAAAAUUCAUAUAACACUAUCAGUAAGUUCGUAGCUUUUUUCUUUUGAACAUUAAUCUUUAACGUAAAACUUUUGCUUUUUUUGUCGAUAAUGUUUAGAGGAUGAUAGUAAUGAAAGGAAUGAGGGUAUCGGCUAGUUUCAUAAUGAUAUUUAAUCAUAUUUUGUAAUACAAAUCAAAUCUGAUGAUAUUAUAUUCGACUAGUCAUUUCAUUUGUUGUUUCUCUUUUAUGAAAUAAAAUUCAGUUGAGAGACUUCUUCGUUUUUCUUCAUUAGAAACUUUUGAAGCUUUUUUUCAAAAAUUUGU